CUUGUGGAUAUUUCAGAUGUCGGUCGUCGUAAACUCCUGUCCCUCAACCAUGAUGCUUCUCGGGAAAGUUGGCCACGGGAAGACAGCCACGGCUUCUAGUGUCCUCCAGAGAGGCAUCAGUUAUAAUGUGGACGAAGAAACCACAGACGUAUUAUCCACCGGCAGAGCUACCUCAGCUGAUGGUGUCAGUAAUGUGGACGUCAUCGACUCUCCCGGACUUUUCAACACCUUCCCCGUAGAUGAUGUACAAGACACAAAGAGGAUGUUUGACCAGAUUGAGAAGGCUAUCAACAUCAGCGCUGACGGAAUCAAUGCCUUUGUCAUAGUUUUUCGAUUUGGUGCUCGUUAUACGGAUGACGAGCAAAAAGUAGUCCGUAAUUUAGAGCAGUCUUUUGGCCCAAGCUUCUUUGCUGACCAUGUUAUUAUCGUUUUCACUCACGGAGGUGAUUAUAGACUUAAAUAUAGUUGUGCUCCUUUUGAGGGUUGGGUGUGCUCCCAAAUGGCCGAUAUGAAAAAACUGUUUAACAUGUGUCAAGGCAAAUGUUAGCUGUUUGAUAAUGUAACUUGCUCAGCAGAAACAGCCGUUGAACAAAGGGAGAAACUACUGGACACUGUCUCCGGGAUGACCAGGAAAUUUACAAUUGAAGACUACGAGGAGACGAUGUCUCAUUGCAAGAAGCUUUUGUGGAAACUGACACCAUUUUGGACAAAAAUCUCUUCAAAA